GGACCACUUCCUCUCUCUUUGCCCCACCACACUCACCGUUGACCUCCUCGAGGAGCGCCUUCUUGCAGCCGAGAAGAGUAUUACCGCUGUAGGAGCCUCUCGUGGUAUCCCCCGUACCCCUUUCUUUGAGGGGUUUUCCCCUGUCCCCCUGUUGCCCUCUGUUGCCUCUACUGCUGUUGUCGACCUCGUUGGCACCGAGUCGGUCGGCGCUGCGUCUGCUCCUAGUGGGAGGCGCCGCAUCAACAAGGGCAAGGGGGGCAAGGGUGCUGAAGGAGAUGGCGGGGGCGGCGGUGAUGGCGGUGGAGGCGGUGGAGGGGGUGGGGGUGGAGGUGGGAGUGGUGGCGGGGGUGGGGGUGGAGGUGGGAGUGGUGGCGGGGGUGGGGGCUUCGGUGGCGGUAGUGGAGGUGGAGGCGGCGGCGGUAGUGGCGGUGGGGGUGGAGGCGGCGGUGGUGGCGACGGCGGUGGCGGCGGCGGUGGCGGCGGCGACGGCGGUGGGACUGGUCUUGGUGGCGCUGUGCAGCGUGCACGCUUUGGUGGUGGCCAGCGCCAGCAGCAGCAGCGUUCUCAUGAGAUCCCGUUGCCCCAGCAGCUUCGUGAGUGGUACGCUGGGCGCCAGCGGUCUGCGGGAGCUGGUCCCUGUGCCUUCGUCCUGCGUACCGGCAACUGCAUUGGUGAGACGUGUGGCGGCCCGCACGUCACCCAGCGCUGCUUCGGCCGCCUGACUGACGCCUGGCAUGCCCAGUUCCCUGACUCCUCUGAGAUCCCUCGCUUGGGUGAUCUGCUCAAGUCGGGUGUUGUUAUCUUUGAUCUUGACUUUGAUGCUAUCCUUGCUGCUAUGUAUGUUGUGUCUAUUAGUGCUGAGGGUGACUAUUACCUGUGUGUUCCGCACGACCCGGGCAUUGGGGCUGCUGCUCUAGGCGCUAGUGAGUCUACUGCUCCAGGUGCUCGUGCGUCUGCUGCUCUAGGUGUUGGUGAGUCUGCUCUCUCAGGUACCGAGUCGGGUCAGGUCCUGCACACCUUCACCCUUGACUCGGGCGCUUCCCGCUCCUUCUUUCGCGACUGCACCACUCUCACGCCGCUCAGUCGGCCAGUGGCAGUCUCCCUGGCUGACCCCUCUGGGGGUCCGGUCCUUGCUCACUCCUCCACGGUCCUGCCGUGUCCGACGGUCCCCUCUGGCUCUCUGUCGGGCCUCCACCUCCCCUCGUUCUCCACGAACUUGGUAGCUGCGUCGGGUCAGGUGUUUGCUGUAGCGUCCUGGUCUGGUCUUGAGUCUGCCCCCUGCUCGUGUCGCCUCCUGUCGCACCAGACACUCCUCUGGCACCACCGCCUUGGUCACCCCUCCCUGCCUCGUCUUUGA